AUGGCUUAUUCACAAAAACAAAUCAAUGAUUUUCUUCAAUACUAUAUGAGCACUAUAAUCCAACAAGACUCCCAAGCUAACCAACAAAAUCCACCACAACACUCAAACAACCCCAUCGCCAUUGAUUUCGAUAAAGUUGUUGCAGACAAUAUCCCUAAACUUCAAGAAUGGACUCCUUUUAAGACAUAUGAAAGAAUAUACGACUCAAAGACUGACUGCACACUCAAUUCUUUUGUGAAGGCGGUGAUGCACAAGGAAAAUGUAUUUGUGAUUCUUAACGACACGUUUGGAAAUGUUUUUGGUGGUUUUGCUAAACGGCCAAUUGUUAACUUAGCAGACACGACAAGGUAUACUGAAAACUAUGAUGUCGACCAUUAUUUGUUUGUUCUUUUCAGAGAUGGCAGAAACACAGAACAAAAAAUGUUUAGAGCGUCGCAAAAUGGUUCUGGAUUCUUUAUAUACUCAAAUGGAACAUUUUGGCUUGAUAUCGGAAACCAUUUGGGAAGAAUAUGUGUCACCACUCCUGGCACUAACCAAUCUUAUAACAGAAAUUUGAAAUCAGCUUAUCAAGGCAUAGAAGAGACAGACGUUAAUGGUUUAAAUGGUAUGUUCCAAACUUAUACAGUCGAUAGGAUUAUUGUCUUAAAGACUGAAAUCUAA